AUGAUUAUAAUACGGCUCAUGAAGAAUUUGCCACAGCCCGUCGCCCCGACCACGAUACCGAACAACCAGUGCCUAGAGCAACGACCCGCUCAAGUUCGCCCCGGUUCUGUCGAGUCAACCCGUCAACCCGAGUUCGCCCCGCUGGAUGUGCCCGUCAGCACAUCUCGCCCCGGUGUGGUUGAGUCGACCCGUCAACCCGAAUCUGCCUCGCGGGGUGUGCCUACCAGUACAUCCCACCAUUCCCGUGAGGAAGAUGUCUCUCGCACCGAAGUGGUUGUCGAUCCCGUUAGUGGCAGUCGUCAUCAGGCCGAGGGUAGCCGCCCGUCUUCUUUGGCCAGCUCAAGGUCUUCGGUUGCCGCCAGCAUUUCGUCUUCUCAUCGUUCGCGGAGCUCUUCCCUUUCGGCUCUGACUAGAGAACGCCUUGCUGCCGAACUCGACCUUGAACUGGCACGCAAACGGCGAGAAGAAGAAAAGAAUGAAAAUGACCUUCUGAACGAGCUAGCCCGUAAGUUACGUGAGGAGAAGAUUCGUAUCGGGGCCAAACGAAAGGAACGGAAAAUCGAGGAAGAAAUCGCACGUCUUCGUAUGAACGAGAAGUUGUCAAAGAGGUCUGUUCGUUCGCCUUCGCCGACCUCCUUGAGUUCUUUCAGUGAACCAGAUGACGAUAUCCAUAUUCCGUUGCCGAAGAGUAAGCCUCGUGACAUAGUGCUGCUUCCCACCGGGCCAUCCGACAAGAACGCAGAUAGCUGGAUCGACGAUCUGGGACAGAAACCGACGGCCUUACCCGCUGCAGCGCCCAUGCCUUGGAUGUUUGGAGGUUCGGCCCCGUUCACGUGUAGGACACCGUUUGAUGGCGACCCUCGAGAUUGGCUUCUCUUUGCCUCAAGAUUUCGAGCCCUCGUCCACGACGUCAUUCCGAACGAUGCCCAGUGUUUGGCCAUUCUUACCGAGUGGGUUGGCCCUAGCGUUUUUCGCCGCAUCUCUCCAUUGUUAAAGGCUCUUCGUGGGUACACUGCAGUUCUUGCCUAUCUUAAGAAGCACUACGGUUCGAGCGAGCAGAUCGCUCGCUGUCAAAUACACGAUCUUCUUAGUCUUCCCUUCGUCAAGCCGGGUGAUCGCCAGGCACUUGAAAGUUUUUCUGAUCAGCUGCAUGGAGCUGUUGUGGUGUUGGAACAAGGGGGAUUGGAGCACGAUCUUAAGAGUGCUGCUAAUCUUGAUCAGGCAGUACAGAAGCUGCCACCUGUCUUUCGCCAUCGCUGGGCCCGUUACGCACGUAAGCGCUUACCGAAAGGUGUCGACCUUAGCGACUUGGAUCGGUUCAUGGAAGAGGUCGUGGAAGAAGAGCGGAUGGCUCGUUCGGCAUUCGAGUUGGUGCCUAAGAUUGAUCUUCGUGAACAGCGUGUUACGUUUCCCAAGCCAGCCGUUGAAAAGCACCCUUCAAGUAGACCUGCAAUUCUGAAACCGCCACCCGUUCGGCCACCCCCUACCAUUUUAGCCACCCAAGUAGCGAAAGACGUAGAUGUUGAGUGUCCAGGCUGCGGCGGCGCUCAUCGACUUGUUUCUUGCCCCGAAUUACAGAGGAAGUCACCGAGUGAACGAGCGCUGAUGGCGAAGGAGAAAGGCGUAUGUUUCAACUGUCUUGGAGGAAAGCCCCGCAGUGCGCAUUGUCGUUCAAAACCCGCUUGUGAAUCCACCAGAUGCCGUGAACGUCAUCAUUUGCUGUUGCAUGGUGCGGAGAGAGUUUUUCCUGAGAAAAGCACACCUCGUCAGUUCCCGUCUUCCGUCGGAGGCCAAGAAUGUUUUCAAGGACCUCAAACACUCGCCAUUGCUCCCCGCCUGACAUCUGAUGUUCUCUUGGCCGUGGUUCCCGUCCGACUUCGUGCGGGUUGCCGGACUCUUGACGUUUUCGCCCUGCUCGACACCGGGAGCCAAGCUACCCUUCUGCGUGAAGACGCGGCUAAUGCGCUUGGUCUUACGGGCCGGUCACGCAAACUUCGUUUUGGAACCUUCCAUGGGAAAGAUCCGGUCGUCGAGACUCGUCUUGUGGGCUUCUCCGUUUCGUCGCUAGAGGGAGACCAAAGCUACAACGUUUCCGACGCCUUUGUUGUGCCUCGUCUAAAUUUUGGGCAACGCAAGAUAAAAGAUGUUCUCGCUUCGUUCGAUUAUCUUCGUGGCCUCAACUUUCCUGCUCGAGACGCUGGUGAAGUCCAGAGUUUGAUCGGGAUGGACGUUCAAGACGCCCAUCUAAACAUCGAGGUUCGUCGCCCUCCAACUGGAGUUCGGGGCCCUAAUGCUGUGCUCACCCCAUUUGGCUGGUGCGUUGUUGGGAGGACCUAUCCAUUACCGGCAGUGGAAGAUCCAAGCAUAAAUUUCGUUAAGCUGGGAACGAUCGAGCAGCUGGAAGAGUGCGUCGAAAGGUUUUGGAAAACCCAAUCUCUCCCAGUUCGUGAUGCCCCCAGGAUAUUUAUGUCGUCGUCAGACCGUGCCGCAAUGGACCAACUCGAGUCCACCCUUCGGCACACUGGAACGCGUUAUGAAGUAGGCUUGCCUGUUCGCCCGCAUUGCCCGAAGUUGCCGGACAAUAAAGAAUUUGCACGUCGCAAGUUCUUCGCACUGGAGAGGAGACUUCUUUCAGACAACGACCUUCGACAAGCAGUUACGGCGCAGAUGAAGGAGGUGUUUUGCAGCGGCCACGCAGUGAAAGUCACUUCUACAGCUCCCGGUUCCAAGGUGUGGUUCCUACCUUAUCAUCCGGUUCGACAUCCAACGAAGCCCAGCAAGAUUCGUCUCGUUUACGACGCUGCUGCCCGGUUUAAAGGAACCGCGAUCAACGACAUUCUGCUGAAAGGUCCGGAUCUCACCACGCAGUUAUUGGCCGUGCUGCUUCGGUUCCGUGAAAGGAGAAUUGGCGUUACUGCGGACAUUGCGAAAAUGUUUUAUCAAGUGCUGGUUCGUGAGGCAGAUUGCACAAUGUUUCAUUUUUUGUGGCGCGAGCCUGGAACCGAAGAUCCUAUCCAGGAAUUCCAGAUGACGGUGCACAUUUUCGGUGCUGUCUCAUCGCCAACGGUUUGCAGCCUUGCCCUUCAGCGCCUCGAAAAGGAUGCGCCCGAACACCUGAAGGAAGUCGCGAGGCGUAUUCGUUCCAGCUUUUAUGUGGACAACCUGUUGUCGUCGUUCGACGAAGUGGAUGAAGGCGUUUCCAUCAGUCAGAAACUGGUUGAACUACUCAAGCUCGGUGGUUUUGACCUCGUCCAGUUUCUGAGCUCUUCGCGUUCGUUGUUGGACCAACUUCCGUCUUCCUCUCGUCUGGUUCCCGAGCUCGAUCUAGAUUUCGACGAUUUGCCCACCGAGCGCACGUUGGGGUAUCUGUGGAGUUGUGAGCGAGACGAGUUCGUUUUCCGUUUUAAGAAGACAGAAGAGGCCUUUUCAAAACGCUCGAUUCUUUCUGCAAUUUCGAGCAUCUAUGAUCCCCUUGGUCUCCUAUCACCCGUCGUUUUGGUGGCGAAAAUCAUCCUUCAGGACAUCUGGCGACUCAAAGGUGGCUGGGAUGAGAUUCUGCCCACCGAUAUUCUGAAUCGUUGGGGGCGCUUUGUGGAACAUCUGCCGAUGCUCGAACUGCUGAACAUUCCGAGAAGUUUCUUGACUAGUCCCCAGUCGGCGUAUCGUUCUUUUCAGUUGCACGCUUUUUCGGACGCAUCGAAAGAUGGUUUGGGUGUUGUAAUUUAUCUUCGAGCUGAAACCUCUGACGAGGUCGAAGUCUCUUUCGUAAUGGCAAAAGUAAGAGUUGCUCCCAUCCAUCAGCUUUCGAUUCCGAAGAUGGAGCUUCAAGGUGCUUUGCUAGCAGUCAGGUUAGCAAACUAUAUGUUGAAGGAGCUGACUCUGCCCAUAUCGAAUGUGUUUUUCUGGGUUGAUGCGAUGACUGUUGUUCGGUGGAUCCACGCCAGCCAUCGUCGUUACAACGUGUUCGUCGCAAACAGAAUAGCUGAGAUCCUGGAUUCAACGACCCCUUCGCAAUGGAGACAUGUUCCUGGUGUACUUAACCCAGCAGACGAAUGCAGUCGUGGUCUCUUUUUGCCACCCGAGCAAUGGCCGGCCCAGAUUCCAGCUACUGAAUUGAUCGACCACGAAGACGAGUCUAUUGGCUGUUUCCUAAUCGCCAAUCCUAGCGGGCCAGUAGAUGACGUUGUGGCACGAGCCGAUAAUCUACAUCGCCUAAUUCGCAUCGCCGCUAGGAUUGAAAGAUUCGUUCGCAACAUCCAGAUCCUCGUUCAUCGGAGACGUGCCAGAGAAAGGUCUAUUCUGGAUGGCAAUCAUGAAGAAGCAGCGACCGGACAAAGUGAGCAGUUGAAAACGGGCCGGCAGCAGAGUGCGGACGAGCUGAAGUCAGCCCGUCGCCUUUUAAUUCGCGAUUCGCAGCGCGACUCCUUGCUUGACGAUUUAAGCAGUUUGCGAAAGGCGAAGUCCGUUCGCCCGGAGUCUCGGUUGCUGAAACUGGCCGUUUAUCUAGAUGACGCCGGAAUCAUUCGUGUUGGUGGCCGCCUCGAAAAUGCCCCCAUCAGCGCUGAAGCCCGUCAUCCUGCCGUUCUGGAACUCAAGCAUCCGCUCACCCGAUUGCUCAUACGCUGGGCGCAUAUUUCCGUGGCUCAUGGAUGA